CAGGUAUUUACAAGCAUCAGCUUAUCCUAAAGAAAUGAUUAUACUAAUUGAUAAAAGUGGUAGUAUGAAAGGUCGAAGUGAUAUUUUAUCAAACGCUACAGCUGUUGAAAUAUUGAACACUUUAACAGACAAUGAUUAUUUCAAUGUGAUGCUAGUAAGUGAAUUGUUCAGGCUUACUUACUGUAUAUUAUCUAACUUUAUGAUGAAAUGUUUAACGAUACACAAAAAAACCAUCGAACUUAUACAAUCUGUCUAAGAUAAGAUAUUGAUAGUUUGCCAGACUUGUAUUCAUGAUAAUAAUUCAAGACGAUAUGGUAAUCUAAGUCUAAACUGAAUUCAAACCAGUCUAUGGAUCAGUGAUUAAGUGUUCUAACAUCUGAGCUACGAGAUCCAGUACACUA